AGUUUGUGCCUUCGCAGCAAUCGCUUAGGGAUUUUUCGCUUCCCGCUAGCGAACUUAAUUCCGGUUCCGGUGGCUAGUGUGUCUGGUGGAGUGCAACGAACGUUAAACAGCGUACUAGCAGUGCAAUGAAAUCUGUCCAUAUGGUGCGCAAAAACUCAUCGGCUGGCAACGGUUAACACUGUGGACAACAAGAAAAAGCUCGCUCAUAAGUCUGUUCAAAGACGGAGGUUCAUCUUACUUGCGAAGAACGACCCAUCGUGUUCGUAGCGGCUACCAGCGGAAAAUCCCUCGAACUAUCUACCUCAAAACUAACACACAGGUUCCUCGCUCAGCACGUUACACAUCCAAAGUUGCCCCGAAAAGUCGGACAAAUAAACUCGCCAUCGUGGAGUUCGCACCAUACCUCAAAUUUCCAUCGACCACCAUGCGGGCCAUCCACCGGUUCAACCAUCGCAUUACGCUCAAGAUGGCACAUCGCCCCGUCAGCGCAAUGUCUCGUCAAGAAUCGGAAAUGAUUAACCGUAGCCGACGUGCUCUGUCCUCCGGAACUCUAACGGACUCGAUCGAAAAACUACGACACAUGUGCCUUGCCCGUGGCGCCUCGGGCAUCCUCGGAUUGGGCCGGUGUUUCCGCCGCAUGGACGACGACGGAAACAAGCAGCUGAAUUUGGAGGAGUUCAUUAAGGGUCUGCAUGAUACUGGGUUGGAUAUCUCAGCAGAGGAAGCGACCGAAAUGUUCAACAAAUUUGACGUCGAUGGCAGUGGUUCUAUCAAUAUGACCGAGUUUCUGGUUGCCAUUCGUCCAAACAUGUCGGAAUCCAGGGUAAACAUCGUGAAGCAGGCUUUUGCAAAGCUGGACAAGACGGGAGAUGGAACGAUAACCAUUGAUGAUUUGAAAAACGUAUACUCCGUGAAGAACCAUCCACUGUACAUAAGCGGAGAAGAAACUGAGGAUGUCAUUUUGCGGAAGUAUUUGGCAAAUUUCGAGGAGAACGGAAAUGUGGAUGGCUCCGUGACCAAAGAGGAAUUCCUCAACUACUAUGCCGGGCUGAGUGCCUCGAUCGAUUCGGAUGCAUAUUUCGAUCUGAUGAUGCGCCAGGCGUUCAAACUGUAAUCUGUUACCGUUGUGCGCAUCUCAUCCAAUUAUCACUAUUUUGUAUACCCAGCAAGCAUCUUAUGUACUGCAGAUCGUUUCAGAAAUCGAUGAUAAUCGGUACGAAACAAGUUUGAACACACUUAAAACUACAACUGCCUUAGCGAUGAGGGAGAAUGACCAAAGUUGAAAGUGACACGCUCGCGCCAAAUGUCCUUUGCAGCGGGUGAGCAAAAUAUGCAAAUGUUUUCCGAGUGUUAGAACACAAACCAAUGCACAAGUGUUUCUUUAACGUUCAAUAAACGUACAGUUUUAUGUUCCGAAUCAAAAGCAUAUUAAUCUACGGCCGUACAUGGUAGGUUUCCGAGUGGGGCAAACCCGCCUUGAUUUAUUAAGGGUUAACGUUUGACGUUUGCGAGGUUGAUCUUUCACACAUUGUAAACAACUCCAACAGUCCGUCCGGUUCAAGCGUGAUAGAGUAACUGGGCAACUAUUUAGAAAAUUUGCUUCUCGCUAGUGCAACGUUGUAAGUGCGUCCAACGCGAUCGUGGAAUGUGGUUUGUGCAUAGUUGAACGGUUUAAUGUGAUUCGCUGUUACUACUCGUUCAUUUUGCUUGACGCUGUUGUCCUCUGUGGAGAUUUUUUAUGUGCAAAGGUAUUAUACAGUCGCUUCAUUGAUAAGAAAUCAAACAUCGCGUCCACUCGCGUCGCUCAAUUCGGGAUCCGAUCAUUUGCCGUGUAGCAGUGCGUCGAUGCAAGUAGUGUCGAGUGUUUGGGCUUGCUCUGGGUGGUGAAUCUUUGGUGUUCGUUUCGCGUUGGCAGAAUGGUUCUAGCUGUUCGGAUAGGAUAUCUGUGCACCAGUGCACUGCUGCUGUUGGUCGCAUUCCAUUCCAGCGAAGUGGUGGCAGAUGCUUCCACCGAGCAAGGCACGAUCGAUCUUAACAGCAUCGACAUCAAUAAGCUGAAAGAUGACGUACUCGCGGACAUACUGCCGCCAGAGUUCAAAAACGUAACGCUUCCUAAGUUGGAAGAUAUCCAGAAGAUCAUCAAAGAUAAAUGUUCCCGCGUAGCCGGCAGCGAUGCGUCGUACGAGGAGGCAGAACAAGCCGCCCAAAAGUUUGGCGAUUGUAUGAAGGACCUGGUGGACUUUAGCGAUCUACAGGAAGAGAUCAAGAAGGCGAAGCCAACGGGCGAUUUGGAUACCGUGUUCAACAAGUAAAAUCAUUCCUCCUGGAUGGUGCUGCUAGUGUAGCUUGCAGAACGCAUCUAAACGAUCAAUAUUGAUUUUGAUUGACUCCAACAGAUACUGUCGCAGGCGAUCCGCCGCCAUCGAGUGCAUCGAUACGUUUUCUAGCAAGGUUGACGUUUGCCUGGAAAAUGACGAAAAGGAAAGCAAAGUGGUGGCGGUGAACAUUGUGCAUGGCCUGUUAAACUUUGUCUGUCACAAGGAUGGCGAUCAGAUUGCCCUUUUUAUCGCGGAGGAAGGUCCGGAAUGUUUUUCCGACCAAAAAGAUGCGCUGAUUGACUGUGUCAACGGUACGCUGUCCGGCUACCUGCAGGAUGAUUCCGCACCGACAACCGAAGGGCUUCCGAAGCUUGUGAUGGGCAAAAAGCAGUGCGAUGAGAUGAGUUCGCUGCAGGAAUGUAUGGUGCAAGCGCUGGAAGGCUGUAAAGAAUCGACUCCAGCCAAUUUGGUCGAAUCGCUGUUCAAGUUCGUGCGUCGCGAAACACCAUGUGCCAACAUUACCGGUGAAGCUACGCCCAGGAAGCAUGCUCGAGCUGCUGGAAAGCUAACGACAGCGUCCCAUCAGAUUAUAAUUUCCACCUUGAUAAUGGCGCUGGUAGCCAAAUUGCUGAUACGCUAGAAACCGCCAAUCCAAUCCGGUGCAAAUGAAUGUUCCUAAUUCGAAGCUGACUGAUCAAUAAGCAACCAAUCAUUCUAUUAGCAGAAACCGCAAACCACAUCAGGGGAUUUUAGGAAGUGUAGAUAAACGGUGUUUACAAUGCUCGAUGUUUGAAUUUAUAACAGUUAACAAUAAAACGUUUCCAACAGGACUUGGUGUACAAAA